UUGCGACUCGAAUUCACAUUGAGAAACUGUAUGUGAAAAAGAGAGAGAGGACGGAGUAAAACAGAGGUAGAGAGAGCGAGAAACUCAUCACCAGCUGAAGAUUUUUACCUUGUAGCCGUCAGCAUCUGAGCGCUAACUGCAAAGGAUUAUUCACAUUUCAGACAUUUAUUUGUACCUUAUGAGCAAAAUUUGAUUUUAAUCAAUUAAAACCGUUUAGGAUAGCACCGCAAGUCAAUUACCAGGCGAUAUUUUUGUAGGCUUGUAAUAAUUUCAUAUUUUUUUCCACAUUUUAAUCAAUAGAUUUGACAGAAACAAUUUUCCCUGUGAUUCUGAAGCUAGCCACAUUAAGACUUUUUAAAAGAGAGAGAGAGAGGGAGAAAAAGACUUAAAAUUUAAAACCUUAACUUUAACGGUGACUUAAAUUUAGACAAAAUGUUUUUUUCAGCAGUCAAUAAAUAUAUCUCGAUAAGUUUUGUCCUGCAGUCAACUAAUUGAAAGUAAACUGUAAUAUUCUUCAUAAACAUCAAAGAUUUCAUCUAAUGAAAGGGACAGAGAACUAAACUAAACAGCACAUUUGGGUUUUAUAAUUGCAUAAGUAAUACAUUUUUUUGGCGGUUUUUAGCAGUAGUAGUAAUAAUACCAUAAAAGUUACCGUCAGCAUAAUUUUGAUUAUUUUACUAUUAUUAAGCCAAAUUUCAUCACUACUUUAGUAGCCUUUAAGCAGCAACACCAUGCUUUUUGAAAGCUUUGACCUGGUCUCGGCUCUGGCCACUCUUGCGGCUUGUUUGGUGUCAAUGGCUCUACUGCUGGCGGUGUCCCAGCAGCUGUGGCAGCUGCGAUGGACCGCCACCCGGGACAAGAGCUGCAAGUUGCCCAUGCCCAAGGGCUCAAUGGGAUUCCCCAUAAUCGGAGAGACUUGCCACUGGCUCUUCCAGGGCUCCGGGUUUCAUGCGUCCCGGCGGCAGAAGUAUGGGAACGUCUUCAAGACGCACCUUUUGGGCCGGCCGCUGAUUCGGGUGACGGGGGCCGAGAAUGUCCGAAAGGUGCUGAUGGGGGAGCACAGCCUGGUGACGGUGGAAUGGCCAAAAAGCACGGCCACACUGCUGGGCCCCAACAGCCUGGCCAACUCCAUCGGGGACAUUCACCGCAAGAGGAGGAAGGUCUUUGCCAAGGUGUUCAGCCACGAGGCUCUGGAAAGCUAUCUGCCCAAGAUCCAGCAGGUGAUCCAGGAGACGCUACGCGUGUGGAGCAGCAACCCGGAACCCAUCAAUGUUUACCGCGAAGCCCAGCGCCUCUCCUUCCACAUGGCCCUCCGAGUGCUACUGGGUUUCCGUGUUUCUGAUGAGGAGAUGCGCAGUCUCUUCGAUACCUUCCAGGACUUUGUGGACAACCUCUUCUCCCUGCCUAUAGACUUACCCUUCACUGGCUACAGGAGGGGCAUCCGGGCUCGAGAUGCUCUGCAGAAGGCCAUCGAGAAGGCCAUCCGUGAGAAGCCACUGUGCAGCCAGGGCAAGGACUACACCGAUGCACUGGAUGUGCUGAUGGAGAGCAGUAAUGAGAACGGCAUGGAGCUCACCAUGCAGGAGCUUAAGGAGUCGACGAUCGAGCUGAUCUUCGCCGCCUUCGCCACCACAGCCAGCGCGAGCACGUCGCUCAUCAUGCAGCUGCUACGCCACCCCCCGGUGCUGGAGAAACUACGCGAGGAGCUGCGCAGCCGCGGCUUCCUGCACAACGGCUGCCUCUGUGAGGGGGCGCUGCGGCUUGACAGCGUCUGCAGCCUCAAGUACCUGGACUGUGUCAUCAAAGAGGUGCUGCGUCUCUUCGCGCCCGUUUCCGGGGGAUACCGCACCGCUAUGCAGACUUUCGAGCUUGACGGAGUGCAGAUUCCAAAGGGCUGGAGUGUAAUGUACAGCAUCCGGGACACCCACGACACCUCGGCCGUCUUCAAGGACGUGGAGAAGUUCGACCCCGAGCGCUUCAGUGAGGAACGCGGUGAGGAUAAGGAGGGCCGCUUCCACUACCUGCCUUUUGGGGGUGGGGUUCGCACCUGCCUGGGCAAGCAGCUGGCCACCCUGUUCCUGCGUCUGUUGGCCAUCGAGCUGGCAGGUAGCAGUCGCUUUGAGCUUGCCACCCGGACUUUCCCCCGCAUCAUCACCGUGCCCGUCGUGCAUCCCUCUGACGGCCUGCGGGUCAAGUUCUUCGGCCUGGACUCCAACCAGAACGAGAUCAUAGCCAAGUCCGACGAGAUUUUGGGCGCCGCCGUCUAAACGGCCGGGAGAAGGAGGGAAGGUGGAGGACACAGGCAUCAUUAGAACCAUUUUCCGUAUUCCCGAAGUUAACCUCUGUGGACUUCAAGAAAAUUAUUAUUUUUUGCAUCAUUGGACAUUUCUGAGGAGGAGAACUUGAAGCUGCCAAAAAUGUAUAGUCUUUAUUCAUUUUCUAAAAAAAAACAUAAAAAAUAAACAACAUAUAUGUAAGAAUGAAAGUUAUCUAAUAACACAUAAUGCACAGUGUGGAGUCGGAAUCUCUGGUGGGGGGUCGGUGGAGUCAUGGAGACAGACAAGCGAGGGUAAUCAGGGUAUUAAAAGGGGUAUGACAUGGAUAGGAAGGCAGGUUGAGGGACGGUUCUUUGGAAGAAAAAGACUCUCUGAGCAAGGAGGACCUGGAGAAAGUUUCUCAUGUGCUGGAAGCCUCUGUCUCCAUACAUUCAUUGCUGCCCCUGCCAAACACCUGCCCCCACCUGACCAGACAAGGAAAGACUAUACAGAAAGAUUAGGAGGCGAAUGAAGCUGGAUGGACAAUUAAAUAACAGAGUAUGAUAGUAAGGAGUCCGAGUGAAUUAGGUAGACGUGUAGUGAUGCAGAUUAUUUCAAGGAAAGGAAUUAGUAACGUAGGAAAAGGAGGAUUACUGGAAGAGGACUGUGCGAAUCUCAGGUGUGAACAGAGCACAGACGACUGAGGAACUCUUUCUGAUUGUAGCUGACCUGCACGUAGACCGGUAUUCGUCUUUUGGGAUCUGUAACCUGUGCUUUUUUAUUUUACAAUGAUGUCACAUUUUAGCUGGCUAGCGUUGAGUGUGCGUGUGCGUCUGCCUGUGUGUGCCUGCGUGCGUGCGAGGGAUUUUCUGGGCACUGUGCUGCCGUUUGCCUUGAACUGUGUACCCAGCGAACAUAAUCAUCUGUGAUGGAAGAGGAUGGAACAGAAGCGAGGAAGAGAAUGAAAACUGUCAUGGCGCAGGGGUGGAGAACAGGAAGAGGAGCUCACUGCCUGGGAGAACAAUCAUGUUUCAUAGAAAUUCCUAUGGCAGGACUUUCCAAGCUGGACAUUAUAAGAAAAAAAAGCAUAACUUCAUAAUAUGGAUGCAAAAUAAAAAUAGAAAUGCAUGAGGCCUCAGGGGAGACACUUGGGAGGUGUAGGACCUGGGAGGACCAGAGGGGACCUGGGAGGACCUGGUAGGACUGGGGGGGGAACUGGGGGGACCUGGGAGGACUUGAGGUGACCUGGUUCUACGUGGUUAUGGUUGGCUUUUUGAAGGAUUUUUUUGUAUUAUGUUUCUAACAGAUAAUGUUUAAAGGACAAACAUUAUGUCUGUGACAAACACCACUGAUAAUGUUUUUUUUUUUUUCAGAAAUAGUGAAAAAUUCUGCUGCUUUGUGUGUACAAUUUUGUAACUGAGAGUUUUAGAUUGCUGAGAUAGUUUGCAAGUGAGAAUUGCAAUUUGUAACCGAAUACAGGCAUUUGUGAAAUCCAAGAGGGAUCUGCCCAUGGUUCCAUUUUAGAAAGCCAUAGAGUAACGCAUUGCUACAUUGUCUAAUAUCCUAAUAUUAUUAUUGUUAUUAUUAUUAAUAUUAUUAUUGUAUUAAAUAUUAUUUUAAGUGCUAUUUUGUUAUAUAUUUCAGAAUAGAGUUUUAGUAUGAAUAAAGUUUGUUGGUAAAUAUUGUUAUAUUUAGUAUGAUAUGAAUUUUCCUUUUAUUGUAAACAGUGUUUAAAUGUUAAUAUUGUUUUCUGUUAUUCCAAUAAUAAUUAUUAUUUUAUGAUUAUCAUUGCAUUCAUUUGAUAUUAAUGAAAAACAGAAGCACUUGGGGAGCUAUGUCAAUAUUUAGUGUUCUGUGACCAUGUUUUCUGUGCUUUGAACUGAGUGUCUGUCAGUCUGUCUGUACACAAAAUCCUCUCAUUUUGCAAAUCUGUAUUUCACAUAGUUUAAAUACUGUUUGAAUGUAUUGUUCUCCCUCUCCCUCUCUCUCUGUCUCUCUCCCUCUCCCUCUCUCUGUCUCUCUCUCUCUCUCUCUGUCUUUGGUACCGUGAUCUUAAAUGUACUUGGCAAUUUUAUAAACUUCUAUAAUAAAUGCUAAAGAAAAACAUAA